UGAGAGGUGCGUUCGGCCAAAUUAUUCGCAACAUUAUAGGUGGUGAUAGAGGUGGUGAUGGUGCAGAGAGAAUUCCACCAACAACAUCAAAUAGACGACGAAACGAAGCAAAUCGUCAAAUUAGGCAGCGUCGUCGAAGACAAGACAUCCAUGAUGAUGUCCCUGAGCCUCAGAUGGAGAAGGAUGUCUGUGAGCCUCAGAUGGAGGAGGAUGUCCCUGAGCCUCAGAUGGAGGAGGAUGUCCCUGAGCCUUAGUUGGAGGAGGAUGUCCCUGAGCCUCAGUUGGAGGAGGAUGUCCCUGAGCCUCAGAUGGAACAUGCUGAUGAUGCUGGAUUCCCCAGAGGACCGAUGUUGAGACAUGUGUUGACACAGUAUGAGCACCACGUGGCUCGGAGGCUAUGGGAAGGAGAGGAUCGUGGACCGUUAAAAGUCAUUACUCAUGGAUUGAAGUUGAAGAAGUUUUCCGAAGUUCCUGUGCCACAUCCUGUAGAGCAUUGGAUUCGGGAAUCUAAGCUGCUACCUCUGUCUUCGGCCUACCUUACUAUGGCUGAUGCUGGUCUGAUCUCCGCAUUUGUUGAAAGAUGGCACAGGGAGACCAACUCAUUUCAUUUGCCAUUUGGAGAGAUGACUAUUACUUUAGACGACGUCGCGACUCUCCUUCACAUAUCACCCCAUGGUAAAAUUUUUGAUGCACCUGUGAAUAUGAACACUAAUAAUGCCGCAAGAGCUGCACAUGAGUACUUAGGUGCAACAUGGGAGGAAUCUCUAUGCUGGAUUUACGAACACUUCCCUAGGAUCUGUAAGCGGGGUGACAGAGGUGCGGUUCCUGCACAUCUUCCAAGAGCAUGUAGGUGGAUUGUAAAACAUGUUGUUGAAGGUGGAUUAGUGACCUAUCGGCAGAGACUUGAUGUUUUGUUGCUUGAGGAUGUAGUGUUUACACCAUAUGAUGAUGAUCGAGCUAAUCAUCUGUUUGAAGAUAUUUCGAUGUUCUCUGGUACAUCCUCUGACCAUCCAUCUGACCAUCCAUCAUCUGCUGCACAUGUGGGUACAUCAUCUGCCGCACAUGCUGGUCCAUCAUCUUCUGACCGAGAUCGUAGAACAGCUGAGCUUGUACGUAGAGCCAUUAAUUUGGUAGAGCCGUUUAGUGAAAUUCAUGAGAUUUUAAGUGAGUUAAGUCUUUUGUACGAUGUUUAG